AUGUAUCAUUCUUGUUGCCUUUUUGGGGUUUUUACGUGUUUCGGAAUAUGUUUGCCCUCCAAUUUCUCGUUUGACCCAGCUGUCAAUCUGGCACCUUCUGUUUUUACUUUUUCUCCCUGUGGCAAAGUUUUAUUUUUACAUAUUAAAGCAUCCAAAACAGAUCCCUUUAGACAAGGAAUCACAAUCCGCCUGGCCAACAUUGGAGGAAAAUUAUGUCCCGUUAAUGCAAUUAGACAAUACCUACUGUUUCUGGGUGGCACACAUGGUCCUUUGUUCAUCCUUUCCAGUGGCGAUUUUGUGACAAGGAAAUAUGUUUCAGCCUUUUUAAGUAUUAGCCUUAAAAACAAUUUAGACCUGAAUACACAUAGUUUUCAGAUCGGUGGUGCCUCUGCAGCGGCCUCUUGUGGUUUUUCAGAAUCCGUCAUUAAAAUUCUUGGUAGGUGGUCUAGUGACUGUUAUCGGGGAUACGUGCAUGUCUCGAACAACGCUUUGCUAGAAUGGAGCAGUAAACAUUGUAAACAUAAGCAAGUGGUAGGACUUAAGAAUUUAGGGAAAUUUGGGGAUGCUGGGCUGCCUUCAUCAGCCUUCGUUUUGUGUUUUAAAAAAGAGAGAAAUGAAACAAUGAAAAGUUGUAAAAAAGAGAGAUCAAGGAAAAUACAAAAGUUGCAAAAAAGAGAGAUAAAGGAAGCAACAAAAGUUGAACAUUAG